AUGGAGAAAUUGAUAUCUGAAAAGCCUGUUUCUGUCUCUAAGGAUGAAACGCCUAGACUUCCUUCCCAGCAGAAGCCAGAUAUGAACUCAUGCCCUCAUGCACCUGGCAAGUAUUUCCUCCCUGGUCGGAUGGACAAUGAGAACUGCAAGGCUAAUGAGAAGGAAAGGGAGUGGAUCCGUCCUGAUACACCUAGCAAAUGCACAUGGAAGCUUGGGAAACCCCCCUCUGCCUCCCCCCAUCGUCAUACCACUCUGCCAGAACCUCUGAAAAUCCUGCCAAGCAUCCUCAAUAAAGUUGGCAAUACACCCUUGGUGCGAAUCAACAAGAUUGGGAAGCAGUAUGGGCUCAAGUGUGAACUCUUGGCAAAGUGUGAGUUCUUCAAUGCUGGGGGCAGUGUGAAGGACCGCAUCAGCCUGAGGAUGGUAGAGGAUGCUGAAAAAGCUGGGAUCUUGAAGCCUGGGGACACUAUCAUAGAGCCAACCUCUGGAAACACAGGAAUUGGGCUGGCCUUGGCUGCAGCAGUGAAAGGUUACCGUUGUAUCAUUGUGAUGCCAGAGAAAAUGAGCAUGGAGAAGGUGGAUGUCCUGAGAGCUCUGGGUGCUGAGAUUGUGAGGACCCCAACUACUGCCAGAUUUGAUUCUCCUGAAUCUCACGUGGGAGUAGCAUGGAGACUGAAAAAUGAAAUCCCCAAUGCACAUAUACUAGACCAGUACCGUAAUGCCAGCAACCCCCUAACACACUAUGAUACCACAGCUGAAGAGAUCCUGCAGCAGUGCGAAGGAAAAAUAGACAUGCUGGUGGCUACGGCUGGCACAGGAGGUACUAUCACUGGCAUCUCCAGAAAGCUAAAGGAGAAGUGUCCAGGUUGCAAAAUUAUAGGUGUUGAUCCUGAAGGCUCCAUCCUUGCUACACCAGAAGAACUGAACAAGACUGACAAGACAAUGUAUGAAGUAGAAGGAAUCGGAUAUGAUUUUGUCCCCACGGUGUUGGAUAGAUCUACUGUGGACCAGUGGUACAAGAGCAAUGAUGAGGAGUCGUUUGCUUUAGCGCGCAUGCUGAUCCGAGAAGAAGGACUGCUGUGUGGUGGCAGCUCAGGCAGUGCCAUGUCUGUAGCUGUGAAGGCAGCCAAAGAGCUGAAGGAAGGUCAGCGCUGUGUUGUUAUCCUCCCUGACUCUAUCCGGAACUACAUGUCCAAGUUCUUGAGUGACAAAUGGAUGAUUCAGAAAGGGUUCAUGAAAGAAGAAGAUGACCUUGUCAAAAAACCUUGGUGGUGGAACAUCAGUGUUCAGGAACUAAAGCUCUCUGCUCCUCUGACUGUGCUUCCAACUGUUACCUGUGCAAAGACUGUUGAAAUUCUCCGGGAGAAGAGAUUCGACCAGGUACCAGUUGUUGAUGAAUCUGGAGCGAUUUUGGGCAUGGUUACCCUGGGUAACAUGCUUUCUUCACUGCUUGCUGGAAAAGUUCAGCCUUCUGAUGAAGUCAGCAAAGUAAUCUACAAGCAAUUUAAACAGAUAAACCUGACAGACAAUUUGGGGAAACUCUCUCAUAUCCUGGAAAUAGACCACUUUGCUCUCGUGGUUCAUGAACAAAUUCAAUAUCACACCGAUGGUUCCUCCAGUAAGCGGCAAAUGGUGUUUGGCAUCGUUACAGCCAUCGACCUGCUUAACUUUGUGACUGCACGAGAACGGGAAAGAAAGCCCAACUAAAGUCAAGUAGCA